AGUUGGAAGAAGCUUUGGAUUGUUGUUUUUUGAGCUCUGAGGAAGUGAAAAUAUGAGUAGCAGCAGCAGCAGCUCCAGAGAGGGAUCUCCCGAUUGGCUUCGUUCUUUCCAGACACCCACCACCACUUCAUUGUUAUCACUAUCUUCGUCGUCUGAGUCUGCUCCAGAUGAUAGUCCUUAUAAGGAAUCUGAAACCAUUUCGUCUCUUCCUUUGACUGAUGACUCUGAAGCCACCACGGCUCUGGACUCUGAAACGAAGUUGGUGACAGAUCAAGUGAGUGUUCACCAGGUGUUCUCUAGAAAGAAGAAAGCUGAUGCUACUCUCAAACUUGAAGAGAAACAG